CGAGUCCCCCGCAGCAGUGGAGAGGGUGUCUCCUCUCAGCGGAGGAGAGCGGACCUCUCCUGCACCUGUCCCCUCAGCGGCACAUCCAAAGCUGGAAACCAGAAGUUGGAAACCGGAACUCGGCUUCACAAUGAGGCUUGGAGCGCAGGUGCAGCCGCUCCAUCAUCUGUGCUCGCCGCUCGCCACACAAGAAUUUCUCCUCGCAUUUGGCGAGCGGCUUUACCAAGCCCUGGCCUA